AUGGAAUAUUUCAUGGGUGAUGAACAAAAAUUCAUGACUUGUUGGAGCACUAUAGAUAAUGUAUAUUUCCUGAUGAAUUUGAAGAUGAAGCACUGGGUCCUGUGUGAGGUGCAACUACAAGAUUGGUGCAUCAAUGUUUAUGACUUCGAACAAGGAUUUAUCAAAAAGGAUCUUUAUGACAAGUUCAUGAAACCACUAUGUGAAAUGAUUCCAUAUUUGUUUCUAAAUGGAACGACCAAGUUUGACAGGAACAUGUAUCAUAACUUCAGUUUGGAAAGAAUGUCAUAUGUUGUAAUACCACACCCAAGAGUCCCCAGGUGCACCAAGCGUGGAGAUUGCGGUAUUUUUACAAUCAUGUAUUUGGAGUACCUUAUUGCCAAAUUGGAUAUAUCAGCUGUGAUCACAGAAAACAUGAAUUUUUGGAAACAAAAAUGGGCAGUUAGGUUAUUCCACCAUAUAAUAGACCCAUAG